AUGCCUGCCGUGGAGACAAGAAAUCGGUAUAGCGUUUUAAGCGAUGUAGUGGCAAAACCUUCAGAGAGUGAUGCAUCUUCAAGUGAAUUUAUUGAGCCUGAGAAGUCAAAGACAGCAAGUGGGAUGUCUGGUCAACGUGUAAACGGGAAAAACAGGAAGUCUAGAACGACGGUCAUAAUAAGUGACUCAAUGACAAAGCACAUUGAUGUUCAGCGACUGGAAAGAUCUGUCCGAGGCUCUAAAGUUCGAUUGGAAACCUACAGUGGUGCAAAUGUAGAAGCAAUCAGUCAUCAUGUACAACCAUGCUUAAAGAAAAAACCUGAUGAUCUAAUCAUUCAUGUUGGAACAAAUGAUCUGAAGGCUAAAUCAUCAAGUGAUGUCGCAAACGAGAUAAUAAAUUUAUGUACAGGUAUUUCGGAAACGCAUCCAUCAACAAGGACAGAUCAAAUUGACCUGGUACCAAAGAUCAGAGAG